AUGGCUCCACCCAUGAUGGAUGGCCCCUCUGGAUUCAUACUCCUAGGUCCAAGUCCGGCUGACGAGAUUGCUGCCGAGAUGGACAACACCAGCCUAAUUCCAAAGACUAGACCUUCACCACGGCUUUCUGCCAGCUCUAGCCAGCCUAGCAGGAGGUAUCUAAACAGGGAACUGGCUGCCCAAUUUGAGGACUUGAGGUCAGUAUCAAAAGUAGCAGCUCCACCACGCGACUUCGCCACACACAGAGAGCGCGCUGCAUCAACUAGACCAAGAGACAGUCAUUCUAGGGCGCCCAAGUUCAUUGCAGUCACAGAUCACUCUAGACGAGCAGAAACCUCGAGCUCUGCGACCAAAUCAACGCAGACUAGAUCUACCAGGACCCAACCACAUGAUGGCUCCUCUGACUCGGAGUCUGAAGACUCCAGCAAGACUUCCAAGCCUUCGAACUCAACACCAGGACCAUCUGGUCAUGGCAAGCCUUCUAUGCAGCCAGAAGGUUCUUCGGUUCGGGAGUAUGCAAGAUGGGCACAAUCACAGCUUGCGCGGUGGGCCGCAUCCUCCGCCUUACACUCGUCUGUGGCGCGUCCUGUGGUGGCAGACUUGGUGGCAGAGUUACAGGCCAAGGAGAAGCUCAAGAAGCACAAGCCUAGUUCAGAGGAAAGGACUGAUGGAGAGAAUGGCAGUGGCGGAACCAAGACCGGGGCCAAAGCCGAAGCCCGAAAGGGAGCCAAUGGAGAAAAACAUGCCAAGGGAGCUGGAGAGGGAAGCACACAGAAGAAGAAGAAAGACAGCUGCACUGAAAAUGGUGCUGAAUCCAGAAUAUGUGGUGUGCAAUGGAGUGAUGUGAAAUCUCCAGGGAAUGCGGAAGGGCUGGAGAGCAGUCGCCAAAAUGAGGCAAACGAGAAGGCAGCUGGGAAGCGACGUGCAGCCCGCAAGUAA